CACGCGACCAUCCCUCGACGCGCGAGAUGAUGCAAACCAACGCGCUGUCCGCCAUGCGCGCGAUCUCGAGCGCGAAACCGAUUCAAAAGAGACGCGCGAUGCGCGCGUCGACGCGAGACGCGCGCGCGGUGACGCCGCGCGCGAGCCUCGCGGUGGACGUCGCGCGGUGGACGCUGAGCGUCCCGACCAUGUACGCGAUGGUGUCCAUCAACGAAUACAUCACCCAUCGUUACUACCAACACGCCGAGUUCAACAAGAACGAAACCUUGAAAAGGGUGUGGUGCUUCUUCACGAGACAGAAGGAAGCGCCGAAGGUUGGCGGCGGCGGACACAUCGAACACCACGCGGAGACGCUGGACGACAUGUCGCUUCGCGUGGACGACAAGUGGAUGAAGAGCGAACCGGCGGCGGUUUUGGAAGGGAACACCUACCGCGGAACGGCGUUCGAGUGGGAUGUCACGGGUUUGAUGACGAUGCAAAUGGUGAUCACGUGCGUGCCGGUGCUGGCGCUCAUGGGGUUCUCCGCGGGGCCGAUGGCGGCGCUCAUCGGCGGGUCCACGCUCGCGCACGCGUUGAUUUGGAACUCGUUGCAUCCGGCCAUGCACGGCUUGAACGAGGUUCCGCUUCAAGAUGGGAUCCCGUCGUUGUGGCUCGCGCGAUACCGCGAAUCCAAGUAUUACGAUUACUUGUACCUGAACCACAGCGGUCACCACGUGUUGUCCGGCCAGUGCAACUACAACGUGUGCUGCCCGCUCGUCGACCACGUGUUGGGCACCUACGUCGAGCCGGAGGUUUGGAUGAAGAAGACUCGCGUGCCGUUCGGUAAGGAACACCGCGAGUUCUACCCGGCUGGCGAAUACGCGCGCAACUUGGCCGCCAAGGCCGCCGCCGCCGCCAUCGAAGGCGCGCUGCAAGCCGACGCGCCCGCCGACGAAGGCGAGCGCGACCUCGUCGCCGCGUAGAGCGCAGUACCAUACGUAAAAAAGAUUUUUUUAUUCACUGGGACGGCGUGCGUCCCGCGUAGAGACAUAUUUUAAUCCAUCCGAUUCAGAACUUCA